UUAUAUCAUUGACUCCCUUCCAUAGAGACAGCAAUACACAAUGACUUCAUAAAAUUCUAAUUCUAAAUUCUUGAUGAUACCUACCAGUCAGUGGUAAGGCUGCAUCAGUCUUUCAUUCUGCACCUGCAUGUCAACACAUGGUGAAACAUUUUUACGGGCGUCCUCCGGUUUGCUUGUUGUCCAGAAAAGCUGAAAAGACUCGUGCAGCCCAGCCAGGGACGCCAAAUUGUCGUGGAAAUUAGACAACACUCGCAGACUCGUCCUCUGAAGGUAAAAAGAUAUAGAGGAUUUCAGAGAUCAUCAACGAUGUCCAAAGCAACCAAGCGCAAGCAUGUUGUCAAGGAAGUUCUGGGGGACUACAUCACACCUAAUGAGAAACAGCAGAUUAUGAGGAUUAUGGGAAGCAAUGGCAAUAACCUUCAUGAGGCUGUGACUGAGAGUGGUGAGAGAUUUCUGCUCAGCAUGCCCACAAAGUUCCGCAAGAACAUUUGGAUCAAAAGAGGUGAUUUUGUUAUUGUAGAUCCUAUUGAGGAAGGUGACAAGGUGAAAGGAGAGAUCAACUUCAUUCUGUACAGGGACCAUAUUCACUAUUUGAGGAAACUUGGCAUCUGGCCUAAAGGAUUCGAGGCGGGUGGAGUAAGAAAGCAGAUGCAGGAAGAAGCGCAGAAAAAGGAUACUAAAAGCAAAGAGCAAAAUGAGGGAGAGGACGAGUGCGACAGCAGCGACUCUGAGGAUGAACGGGACCUUUUCGUAAACACAAACCGAGCCACUGUGCAGUACAGUGAGAGUGAUGAAGACUCAGAUGAAGAAGAGGAGGACAAAAAUGAGGAAGGAGCAGAGAACAUUUAGCGAAUUCUGCACAUCUCAUCCUGUGAUGACCUUUACAAAAGUUGUGAGAGUUUAGUUCCUUCACUUAUUUUUGAAGUCAUUAGUAUCUAUACACCUACAAUAAUUAAUUCAUUAAUCAAUCAUGUUAAACAUCAGACUUUAGAUGCAGAUUAAAAAAGAUUCAGUGGUGGAUCAGCUGACUUUGAAACGACAACAUAUAAAGGAUUCUUUCUCUAUGCAUAUCGGAUAUUUCAAGAUGAUCUGGUUUGUUGACAAAAAGAUUUUUUUUGUAUUAUAAUUGGUGUACAUAUGGCAAUAAACUUUGUUUAUUUUGUAAACCUG